AGAAAUGGCGAUGAUCCCAAGUUUCUUUGGCAACAGAAGGAGCAGCGUCUUCGAUCCUUUCUCUCUCGACGUUUGGGAUCCAUUCAAGGACUUCCCUUUCCCUUCAUCACUCGCGACACGUUCACCGGAAACUUCUUCUUUUGUGAACACCCGCAUCGACUGGAAGGAGACCCCUGAAGCUCACGUCUUUAAGGCUGAUCUUCCGGGGCUUAAGAAAGAGGAAGUGAAAGUUGAGGUUGAAGAUGACAGGAUGCUUCAAAUCAGUGGUGAGAGGAAGAUUGAAAAGGAAGACAAGAACGACACCUGGCACCGCGUGGAGAGGAGCAGUGGGAAGUUCUCGAGGAGGUUUAGGCUGCCGGAGAAUGUGAAGAUGGAUCAAGUUAAGGCUUCCAUGGAGAAUGGGGUCCUCACAGUCACUGUUCCUAAGGUGGAAGUGAAGAAACCUGAUGUCAAAUCCAUUGACAUUUCCGGUUAAGAGUUAAAACUUGCAAGGGUUUUUUUUGUUAACGUUCUAAUUAUAUGAUACUCUCUCUACGUUUGCUUGUCUGUAAGGUUGACAUGUCUGUGUUUGGGUAAAUAAAGUGGAGUCUACAUUCCCUUUUCGUGAAUGGGUUGGUGUUAUCAUUGAAAUUUGGUUUG